UUUCAUGUGUGCUUAACUCAAAAAAUAUAUUUUUUUACAGCUUUAAGCUUGAAGUUCUAAACUUAACAGUUCACCAACAUCAAUUGAAAAUUAUUGUUCAUUAAAUGAUGGCUGGAGACUUUCAAAAUACUGGACCAGCUGAGACUACUUCAACUGCACAUGGUGCUACAGUAGAUGCUACACCUGGGAUAUCUUCACCAAAUGAUGCCACUGCUGUUGCUACUGAUGCCUCUGAAGUGACCAAUGCUGUUGAUGCACCAUCUAGUUGGCCUGUGGUUGAUGCCACUGCACCAGAUACAGUUAUUAGCAUUGGAAGUGAUGUAACUGAUGGCUCCAAUCCUCCUGAGGCUGAUGUCAGUGCUGCUGGGACAAGCAGCGGAAGAUCUUGUGCAAGAGAUGUGCAUCAGAGCGAGUGUGACAGUCAGACAAUGAUGCUGUCUGUUGCUGGGAGAUUGAGGCGUUUGCAGACACGUCAUGGACGAUGGACUUGCUUUUUCUGCUGCCAUGUCACCACGGGCACGGCAUUCAUUGCCAUCUGGCAUGUGUUGCUUCACCUGCUGGCGCUGUCUCUGCUGAGCCUGGCGCUGCUAUACCCUGAGCUGCUGCGGUCACCUGACCUCACCGCUCGGAUGCAGUGGCGCAACAACAUUAAAAAUGAGCGCAUCUUUGGCAUAGGCAAGGAGCAGGACAUGCAGGCCGUGAACUGCACCCAUAUGCCCUGCUCGAUGGCAUCGCUGCCUGAUGCUCGCUACCCUCACGUGGCGCCGGACUUCCCUCUUGCCCUCGGCAACCUGCUCUCCUCUCAUCAACUCGACUCUGAGGAGGUGAGCCUGGCCAUGUUCAUCACGGUGUGCACGCUGCUGGUGACGCUGCUGCUGUUCUACGCGCUGCAUCGCCGUCAGCCCUCCCACCUCAUGCCCUUCUUCUUCCUGCAAGUCUUCGACUUCUGCAUCUCCAGCAUGACGAUGAUGAGCUACGUGACGCACGUGUCCAGCCUACGUGAGAUGCUGCAAGAAACUCCAGCGUUUCCGUUCCGUGACUCCCUCCUCAACAUGAGCACCAACUGCCUCACCUUCUUCGUGCUCUUCAUGUUCCUGUCCGUCUUCUUGAUCAAGGCUUACUGCAUCAACAUCAUCUGGCGAUGCUACAAGUACUUGCUGCUGCUGCGCACGGCUGCCACCGCUGCCAUGAGCUCUGCUGCUGCUGUGCAGCUCUGCUCAGCUGCUGCAGGAGGUGGCAGGUGCUCUGCAGGAGGCAGGAACUCUCGCAACCCGCCUGCUUCUGAGUACUGCACGCAGUGGCUGCUGGAACAGGACUACAGGCUGAAGGCAUCAGGCGCUUACCCAGAGCCUCCUCCUUCGUAUGACGUGGCCAUGGCAGUGGCACUGAGUGCCUCGGAGCAGCACCCCCAGCCUGGCACUGCUGCUGCCAGCAACGCUCGGCAGGAGGGCGGCGCCCCUGGUGACGACGACGAGCCGCUGCUGCCGCGCUACGACGAAGCCAUGCGUCUCGCUGGCGCCGCCCCUCCCGCCGUGUAAGCGUCGGCCGUCGCCCGUUCCACUUUCCUUCGAUUUUCAAUUAAAUUUUGUUGUCAGAUUUUACAAACUAUGGAAGCAAAAACAUGAAAUAUUGAGGAAAUUAUUUCAGCGUCGGAGCGUCUUCUCUUCUCUGCAUGGAAGAAGAGGCCCCUCUAUACCUCGAGACGCCAAUAUGUUGAAUUACUUUAGCCCUCACGAUAUAUCGAGUGAUAUAUCUAUGCCCUCGCCACGUCUAAGAGUUUAAUGACUUAUUAUUCGCCUCAUCUAUAAUGAUUUAUUUGAGCAUUCGACGCAACUUGAAUGAUUUACUCUAUCCUUCGUCAGAGGUACAAUGAUUUAAUUUGGCCUCGCCACAUCUUUAAUGAUUUAUUUAUGCCCACGCCACAUAGUUGUGAUAAAAUUUAACUAAAACCCUCGUCGCAUUAAUAAGAUUAGAUUUGUUAGUCGAAGUUUUAGUUCCCUUAGAUCAAAACCUUGAAAGCGAUCGUUUAAAACGCGAUCGAUAAGAAGGCAAGGCAGACACUUCCCCAUAGGUUAGGCAAUUAUUACUAAUGUUCAUAAUGUCAUUCUUCACAUCUGCGCAAUACAUUCUAACUCUAAAAACUAAUUUUCUUUGGGGUCGCCGUUUUAAUCUGGACUUGGAUCGCGACAUCAAUUAUAUUUGAACCCUUUAUCAAACCUGAACUUGUCUCAUCCGUUUAAUCUUGGUCUAUUACACAUAAAUUAUUAACGUGAGUAAAGCUGUGUGAAUUAUAAUUAUCGGUAACAUCGUCGUCCUGCCUCGGUUUUGUUGUGCUUGGGCGACCAAAAUUUUCGUUCAUCUAACCAAACCUUGACUUAAAUAUGUAGUCAAUUAACUUCUGAGAAUUUACAUUUGAAUAAUCAAAAUUUAUUUCCUAUGUACUAAUUAUUGAAACUAGAUAAUUUAUUCUUUUCGCACUUCAAGUUGAAUUGAUAGCCUGUCUUGGUUCUUGCAAGUGUGUUUUGUUGUACGAUUUACACGAGUUUUAGUGCAAGAAAAGAUUGGCAGGCUAAGCUAUUUGUUAUAAGAAUUGAAUGAACUCAAGAAAAUUGUAAUCUUAAUGUUGAACAAAUUUCUUGCUACGUUCCUAAAACAAAUAAUAUCCGAAGUGUUGGUAAUAUUUGUUGUAUUUUGUCGUAAACCAAAUUAAUUGUGAUUUGUUCCAGAUUUGUAAAGAAAGCAACUUAUAGUCUCGAUUAAUGCAUUUAUCAAGAUGGAUUCACUUUCCUUCUGGGUUAAUGCCGUCUUCGUUCUAUAAUUUUCCUUAAAAUUUGUUAUUUGCUUCUAAUUUGAAAGGAAAUGUUUAUCUUAGCAAAUUUCGUGUGCAAUAUUGUUCUAGGAAAAAGUUAAUGUAUUUAUGUUCAAUUUCUUCAAUAUCACUUAAAAAUUUUUUUUUAUUCUUUAAUUUUUUUUUCUGGUCGAGGGCACCUGAGCUGAGCUUCAUUAAGAUGACUAAAUUAAAUAUAAAAGAUGAUUUAUGUGAACUCCUGAAUCACGUAUAAAAGUUAACUGUCCACUGCAGCAACUAUAAGUACGAAGUUGCAUCGUUCGUUGCUGAUUGCGUUUAAAAGCAUUAACAAAUUAAUGUCUACACUUCAUCAAAUCUACAUUCAUCUACAAUUGGUGACUCACCCACCUGCUAAUUUUACCGCGUGUUCUGUUAAUAUUUAAUUGCUGGCAAUGCCUGUUUUGCUGUGGAGUGCAGGUUUCUCCCACUCAUUCAUGUCACUUUGUGUUCUAGUUUGUCAGACAUUCGAAUUAAAAAAUUUCAGGAAAUGGUGGACUCGAUCUGACAGACCAUUCUAAUUUUGGGCAUUGGAUAGAGAAAUGCAGUAGAAGUUUCAUCGAUCGAGCUAAAUUAGCAAAAAUUUCUAAAAUUAUGCUAAUAGUGAAACUAACAAUUUACGACCGCUGUGAAUUUGUGAAUCCGGAUAGGCUUUUCUUAGCUACCUUCUAAUUUUGUGUAGUUACGUACUAUUCUAUGUAAUGAUUUUCUUAAUUAGAAAGUUAGAGUUAGUGUUAGAAUUAUUAUAAAGACAUUAAUAAGAACAAUCGACGAUCAGGGUUAACAAUACCUUUAUUAUUGUUGAUUAUUCGCGAGUAUUUCAACGACGAAGAGAGAUUCUUCAAGGUAUUCGAUGGCCAACUUCAGGUCCCAGAUUUAUGUAGAGAAUUCAGAUAACACGAGUUUUCCCAUAGGACUCGAUUAACGAUUUUUGGUCUCAAUUAUUUUAAAAUAUUAUUAAAGGUAAAUGUUCUGGCUGGUGCGCUUACCCACUUGCAAAAUCUCCGUCCCAAACGUUGAGCUCUACAAAUUUUGGUGUAAUUUAUGAAAUUUAUUUGUUGAAAUGAUAUAAAUAUUUACUAUGAAGUGGAACUAUUAGCAAAAGAUAAGCGAUGUUCCGCUUUCAACAUGUCAGGUGAUGUGUUCUUUUUGCGAGACAUGAUCUUGUUAAAUAGCUGUUGGUUAAAUCUUUUUAAUGUAUAAUUGCAUUCUUCGUUUAUUUGAACUUUUCAGAGUUUCUAAUUUGAAUUUUCAUGUUAUUCUAUUAUUUUUCGUAUCCUUAAAACCCAUGUUUGGUGCGUCCGUUAAACUGUUCGGUUCUUUGAUGUAUUUCAAAUAUUACAUCUUAUUUUGCAAGCCAUUAAUUUGGUUAUUGCACUUUUGUGAAUGAUUUAUCCUAUUAUUGCACUUUGUGAUCCAUGGCUUUAAGUUCAUUCUUAUUAGGCUUCUUGAGAUUAUAUUUUUUCCGACAUAAUCGCUAUUUAUUGGAUCCAUUCAGAGGCCGUUAUCAUUAAAUUUUUAGAUUUUUUCGGAUUCGUUUGCGAUUAUUUUUAUGGUUUUUAUGAUUAGGUUUGAGCGAUUUUCCUAUUUUGUUUCUAUUUUCUCUUCGUUCUCUCCCUGCUUAUUUCUUAUCGUCAACUUACCUGCAAAAUAAAUACAGGACACACACUGAUGUUAAAAUUUAAUUACGGAAACAUUAUUAUAUCUUACACAGAUCAGCAUUUAUCUGCUUUAGAGGAAAUUAUUUUUUCGAAUAUUUGGGUUGUCGUGUAAGAGGACAAGGCAUUCACUUGCAGGUUUGUGCCUCUGUGGUCAGAUGUGAGGAGGAGGACGAGUUGCAGCUUUCAUGGUGAUAAAUUGCCGUGCACUAUGCCUUUCCAGAGCUCUUAUGAACGAUAAUGGAAUUGAUUAACGGAAAAUGGUUAGCUAGUCCAUUAGUUCUGUCAUGGAAUUCAUUAAUUAUUUAAUGGAAAAUGGGUGGUCAGUCCAGUUGUUUGGCGAUGGUUUAAUUAAUGGGAAAUGAUCGGUCAGUCUAGUCGUUUAGUUAUGAAAUUAGUUGAUCUGAAAUGAGUGGGUGAUCUAAUAUUGGCCGUCGUUGGAUCAACAACGUCUCCUAUUUCUGUACGUUGUCCCUGAUCAUAAUUAAUACUGAAGCGUGUUUGGAUGGUGUGCUGAAUUUUCUUGUCGGAGUUCAUCUUAAAGCUUGUUUCUCCUUGAAGGCAAUGCCGUUACUUCAACUACGGUGUGUUACUUACGCGUUAUGCAGCCAUCUUUGUCGUGAUUGAAUUAUUUGCGUUGAAGUAUUCAACUUUACUAAAUCUCUUAUAUAAAGCAAGGCUAGUCUGUUGUGCUUCUGGCAGUUUAUUUCUGGUAUACUUUUUGCUUUUAAUAUAUCUAUAGGAUUGUUCUGAGACAUUUUAUUCUAUUUAAGGCUUCCUUUUUGACUUCUGCGUUCAUUUAAUCCCCCACUACUGUGCACAGAUUUAUUCUUCGUUGUAAGCUUAAUAUAUGCCUAAUAUAUAACCAUUUUUGUGAUGUAUUUUCUGGUUUUCGCCGCAGUGUACCGCACUUACGCUUGGGUUUUUUCACGCUCUGUAGCUUAGCAGUUGUUCUUAGAAAUUGCUAGCAAUGCAUAAAGGAUUUUUUGAAGUUGAUAUAGCAUCAAAUUCCUGGCUCCUUUAUAAAAUGUUGGAGCCAUCGCCCGCAGCUAUUACAGUAUUUGUGAGCCAUCAGAAUUCUUGGUGGAUUUUACGAUCAUGCUGUAUUUUAUGACUAUUUCUCCUAAUUUCAUUUAUGAAUAUGUAUCCAGUAGUAAAUUGAAAAUUGGCACUGGAUUCAUAUCUUGCGCUGAUGACCUCAGGUUACACCGAUAUACGUAUGCGGUUAAAUAAAAUCCAGAUAUGAGAGUGAAAUAUAUUCGAUCAAACGCA